AUGUGUGAGAGGGCUGGUGUUUUCCACAGACUCACAAAGCGUUUUAUCCUAAAGGGAUAUUCUCUAAGCAGUGUUAGGCUGAAGGUCCACGGUGCCCCAAGUUCAUGUUCUCGCCCCGCUGGGGAACAAAGGACAGGAGCAGAGAACCCCCUGUCUCAUUUGCGUUUAGGAUGCCCAGCUUGUGCGCCAGAACUCACAGAAGGUGGGAUGAAAAAGACAGGAGAGGCCCCCCUGGGGGACAUCCCCUCUGGACUGGCUCAGUGGGGCCAGUGCAGCGAGCAGCACGGUGCGUCCUGCCCGGAGAACUUAGACGUUGGCCCUGGUCACACCCCGGAAUCUGCUCCAACUGCUGCACUUCCAAUGCCCCUUAGCUGUCUGUAUAUCCAGCUCAGAGCAACCAGUGGCCCUUGUUUACUCCGUCUAUAA